AUGGCCGAAUUGUACCCGAAAAUGUUGAGAGAACAGGCCAUGUUUAUGCAAGUACAUCGGCCAGAUAUUGGUGCCGGCACUAGUGGUGGUAGAACAGUUGAAGACAAUGAAGAUGGAGAUGAAGAUGGAGAUGAAGAUAAAGAUGAAGAUAAAGAUGAAGAUGCAAAUGAAGAUGAAGAUGUCGGGGGUGUCGAAAGCAGUGAUGAUGAGUACGUCCCAUCGGAUGAGGACUCAGAUGACGACACUGAUUUUGAGUCAUCUUCUUCAGUCCCAUAUGUUUUCGACGACAUAAGUGGAUGGGACAAGACUUUAGAGGAAGUAGAAAACGAUGGAAUUAAAAUGUGGGAUGGCAAUCCGUUGACGCUAGGCCUUGAUAUACAUUUCGCCAACAAGCCUGAGGCACAAGCGGCAGUGGGAGAAUGGAACUUGGUACAUGGUCGGACUUUCCGGGUGAAAACGAGCUCUAAACGAACAUGGCGCGAGUUUCGCUACAGAAGGCCACCGAUACUUGGAAAAUGGUGGUAUGGUCCGAUUCCCACAACCUGUCUUGGGGCAAACAAGAGAAACGAGUCCCGAAAUGUCACGUCUUCUAUGAUUGCUAGACUGGUUGCCCAAAAUGUGCGAAAACAUCCAGAUUUUGCAGUUGCCCAAAUUCAAAUAGAAGUGAUGAAGAGGUACCAAGUCGAAUGUAGCUACAAGAAGGCAUGGCAUGGUAGAAGAAAAGCACUUGAGGCUCAGUAUGGUACAUGGGAAAGUAAUUUUCAACAAUUGCCCAGCUUCCUCAAUGCAUUGUUCAUGUCAAACCCGGACACUUGUGUGCAAUUCAAGUUUAAGGAAAAUUCAGGAAGCUCACAAAGGUUUGUAUGUAGGUAUGUUUUCGGGCAUUUGGGCCAUCUAUACGCUUAUUUCAUGCUUGUUGGCCAAGUAAUAACCAUCGAUGCCACUCACCUGCGAGGAUCCUACAAAGGAAAACUAAUUGUGGCAUGCGUAAAGUGCGCAAAUGGCACGAUUGUUCCCAUCGCAUUUGCUCUUGUGGACGAAGAGACUAUACACACUGGAAAUGGUUUUGAAACUGUUCUACCUCCUACUCCAAUGAAACUGUAUGAAGAGGCCCGGAAGAAAUCGUUGAGGCAAAAGGUCAACCGGUUUAGCAAGAGAAACCAGAAGUACGAAGUGGUUACAAUAGCACCUGAUAAUCAACCAUGGAAGGCUGACGAGAAGCAAGUUGUGCUGUAUGCAAAUCGAGAGUGCACUUGCGGAAGGUGGCAGACUUUCAGAUUUCCUUGUUCCCAUGCACUUCGAGUUGCCCGUGAGCUAGGUGACGAUCCCUUUCCACUUUUUGAUCCAUGUUACACUACGCAUCAAUGGUACCAACAGUUUUCUGGAGAAUUCAACCCAAUCAUGGAACCAUGGCCAAAGGCAACGUGGCAGAUCAGGCCAGAUGACACUAAACUUGUCCACCAUGCUGGCCGAGGUCGGAAGCGUGUGAAUCGAAAAAAAGGUGUGAUGGAUUAUACAAGCAAAUCUGGCCAGCGAAGACUCCAAACUUGCAGUUUAUGUAAGCUACAAGGCCAUAAUGCCAGGGCUUGCCCAUAUGCGAGAGUUUGCGCACGAUGUGGAAGUUUAGAUCAUGAUGCUGUCGAAUGCCCUUUUUCUCAUCCACCUGCUGACAGGACCGGUAUUGAUAAACUGUAUGAUCCAUAUGGAAUUCAUGGUGUGCCUAAUAUCAAUUCUGAUGAUGAUGAUGAUGAAGCGUAG